AUCUACGUUUCUGAUUCCCUUACUCAAACUCUUUCCCUAAACCCUCCUUCCAAUCUUUAUGGUCGUUGUGCAUCAUCAUCAUCAUCAUCUAUUAGGGUUUUCUUCUUAAAAAGACAUAUUUUUUUAGGGCUUCUCUUCGUCAUCUGCAAAACGUACUAUCUUGGAGAGUGAUCAAGCAAAGCUACAUAAAGAUUUCUCCCUUAUUCUGGUAAAGUUGAUAUAUAUGGAUUCCAUGGAUCUUAAAGGUAUUGCAUGGGUUGGUAAUAUAUACCAAAAGUUCGAAGCUAUGUGCUUGGAAGUUGAAGAAGCUAUGUGUCAGGAAACAGCUAAAUAUGUUGAAAAUCAAGUCCAGACAGUGGGUGCGAGUAUGAAAAGGUUCUGUUCUGAUGUCAUGCAGGAUAUGCUUCCUCCGUCGUCAAAGGAUCUAUCGAGAGUUGCUAGUGCUGACUUGUUACUUAACCCUUAUCUUGAGUUUGGAAUACACAAGAAAUCAAUAUCAAGCAUCAAGGAAGAUGCUAAAGAUCCUGUGUGUAUCAAGGGUAUUUCUGAAGAUAAAUCAAACUCGAGCAAUGAUGUUUGGGAAGAUUGGUCUGCAGCAUCUUUCAAUUGGGAGGAAAUUAGUGAUAAAGAGGAAGCAAAUUGUGACCGGAUGGCCAUGCAAGCAUCAAACAAAGUUGUAGAAUGUGGAUCAAGAGGAGAGAAGGAAGGGAGAAUACGUAAUAUGAUUGUAGAUACAUCAUUUACCAAGUCCAGUGCAAAGGGAGGGAAAAGAUCGAGAUGCAUCUCCUCUAGCAAUAUCAUAAGAGCAGAACGCUCAGAUACAAGUGAAAUUAGUGGGAUGGUUUCUCAGAUGGGUUCACAAGCUAGUUCUAAUGAACCAAGUGGUCAGACUAUCGAUGGACAUUUGCCCCAUACAGAUUCGUGUGAAAAUAGCAGGCAAGUUUCUCUUUCUCAGACAGACUCGCACAUUAGUGCUAAUGCUCAGUGUGGUCAAUCUGUUGGUGAAGAGGUCUUUUGGUCCCAUACAGAAAGUUCAGCAAACCGCGAUCCAGAUUUAGAAGAGGAAAAUGGCGCUACUGUGCAAUCAAUGGAACCUACUGGACAUGAAUCUGAUUUAGGAUUUGAGGAAACAUGUGUUUUAGUGGAAGGAAAUGAUUAUCGUCCUGUCAACCACAAAGAAGAAAUAAGACGGUCGUACAAGAAAAAGAUUCAGAGCACUUUUUCUUUGAAAAAGAAGUCAUCGGCAAGGAAGCAGGAAUACAAGCAACUUGCUGCACAAUAUGGCAUCAUGAAUGCAGAACCGAACAUACAAGGUGAGGAAGCUAUCGCACUUGCACCCACUGUUUCGAAACACACAAAAGCUAAAACGGCAGCAACUCAUGACUCAUUAGAGUUGGAGUGGGAGCUUCUCUAGAUGCUGUUAUUGAUCCCUCUGUAAAUAAAUUCCUAUUUAUGUCUGCUGUCGGCCCCUUCUCCUGCACAAUCUAAGUUGAUACCAAAACGAUAUGGGCGUUUUCUGUUAAAAUGAAAGUUCGAUGAUCACCUGAUUUGGGACAAGGGAGCUGUUAAUAGUGUUGAUUGUGGAGAGUUUAAUUCUGCUUUUGAGCUGAUUUAAGCUCUUAUAUGAUGCCAUAAUGAUAAUAUUGUUUACAAAAUUGUUAGUUCUUGAUAUUUCUCAUCUUGGAAUGCAAGGGAACUUGAG